ACACAACAUUCGGCAGUGGUGGAAUCAGGUACCUCUGGCCUUCAAGCAACCAAAGUCUUGAGAAACCCAAGCAGACAGACAAAAUGUUGAAGACUGUACUACUGCUCACUUUCGCUGUAUUUGCCUCCAGUGCUACUUUGGAAUCCAGCCUUAAGACUCACAAUGAUAAGAGGUUAUUGGGAGAGCUUGUUGAUGAGCUGGAAAAAGCAGUGAAAAGUUUCCCAAAUGUGGCCAAGGAAGACACAAUCUAUCUGAGAAAUCUAGAAAAAAAAAAUUGCAGGGACCAUAAGCAUGAGUUUUUCUGCCAGGCUGAGCAAGAACUGAAAAAUAAGGUUUCUGGGCUGUCUGGUGCCAAAUUUGAGCAUUUCCGUACUGACAAGAGACUAAUGAGGAAUUUAGAGGUGUAUAACAAGCACCAUGGGAAAACCUGCAAAUCUGCUGAAGACGAUGAUGAAAUCCCUCUGCAUGAAUUCUUGCCAAAGAUCUUGACAUGUGUUAAGAGUACAUAUAGCCAAGCCAAGUAAAAUAAUUUAUGAAGGAUGAAAUUUAUUUGUUUUUUUGAGAGUAUUAUUUUAUUUACAUUGUCUGUAGCAGUAUGUAAUUUUGUACCCAAAAUAAAUUUGGAUUAAUAUAA